UCGUGCGCUGCAGCAAGCCUUCCACCGGCCUCGCAUCUUUUUCGUCAUCUGCCUUCCGACCUCUGGUCUCGCCUCGCUCGAAAUGGACCCCAACUGCUCCUGCGCCGCUGGAGACUCCUGUGCCUGCGCUGGCUCCUGCAAAUGCAAAGAGUGCAAAUGCACUUCCUGCAAGAAGAGCUGCUGCUCCUGCUGCCCUGUGGGCUGUGCCAAGUGUGCCCAAGGCUGCAUCUGCAAAGGGGCAUCAGACAAGUGCAGCUGUUGUGCCUGACGUGAGAGAGCCCCGCCCAGAGCAACCUGUACAAAGCUGGAGUUUUCUUUUCAUGCAACCCUGACCCAUUUGAUACAUUCCAUUUUCUGUGAAAUUUGCAAAUGACAAUAAAUACAUCCAGACCCUUCUGGUCUAGUUGCAUCUUGGUGUGUUGGGAGUAUGGGAGAUGAAGAGGAGAGACAGGAGAGUGGAAAAUGGGGUGUAAGUUUCCUAGGAUCUUGUCUGGCCUUGGCUUUCUCCUCAGUGAGCUAAGGCUCAGGUUGAUAUUCACUCAACAGCUGCUGAUCAUGCACACUGCACACACAGCCAGGCACUGGGUCUCAGUGGUGAGUGAAACAGACCUGGAGCUUACAGACCACUGGAGAGAGACAGAUAAUUUCGGAAUAAGGAGUCCUGUAAAAAGAAUCAGAGUAGGUGUGUGCCUGAGAACACAGUUGCAGAAAGCCUGGGUGAAGAGCCCUUCCGCUGAGGCCUGAGAGCUCCAUUCCUGGCAGAGGGCAUGGCUUGUGCAAAGGCCCUUUAGGGGGAGUUUGGUGUGCUCAGGAAACAGAAGGCAGGUGUGUCUGGGGCGUUGUGUGCAAAGGGAGUGUGGCCCAAGGUCCCUUUGGAGUGGGAAGGGCAGAGACCCUGUGUCUCAUUCGUCUCUGAUGGCUCCCAACCUGGUUAUACAACUGAAUCACUUGGAAAGGUUGAAAAAGUGCUCAAGACAGGGUCUUGCUCCCAUUGUGAUUUCUUAGGUCUGAGAUGGGCACAGGAACCUGUAUUUUUAAUAAGCACCUAAGGUUGGAUGUAGAGCCCUGGUGCUGUAGUGGUUAAGAGCUUGGCUGUUGACCAAAAGGUCAGCAGUUUGACUCCACCAACUGCUCCUCGAAAACCAUAUGGAGCAGUUCUACUCUCUCCUAUAGGGUCGCUGAGUCAGAAUUGACUCGACAGCAAUGGGUUUGGUUUUAGAAGGUUGGAUUUAUAGUCAAUGCCCAAGGCAGCAGCAAUCAAGAUAUCAAACAAUGUAUUGCAUUAAGCAAACCUGCUGCAAAAGUCCUCUUUAAAGUGUUAACAAGCAAAUGCGUCACUUUGAGGUUUAAGGUGUGCCUGACCCAAGCCAUGAUAUUUUCAAUCAGCUCAUAUGCAUGUGAAAGCUGGACAAGAAUAAAGAAGACUGGAGAAAAAUUGAUGCCUUUGAAUUACAGUGUUGGUGAAGAAUAUUGAAUAUACCAUGGACUGCCAGAAAUAACUAAAUCAUCUGUCUUGGAAAAAGAAUAGCCAGAAUGCUCCUUAAAAACAAGGAUGGCCAGAUUUGAUCUCAUGUACUUUGGACAUAUUAUUUUGAGGGACCAGUUCUUGGAGAUGGACAUCAUGCUUGGUACAGUAGGGGGUCAGUGAAAAAAAGAAAGACCCUGAAAGACAUGGAUUGACACAGUGGCUGCAACAAUGGGCUCGAGCACAAUAAUGAUUGUGAGAAUGGCGCAGGGCCAGGCAGUGUUUCAUUCUGUUGUACAUAGAGUGUUGCUAUGAGUUGGAACUGACUCGACUGCCCCUAACAACAACAAGGCGGUAAUCCACUGCAAUAGGCAGUCCCAUGGAAUCAUUUGGUGAAAUGAAAUGAGCCUCUGCCAUGUCCUCUCUGGUCCAAGGCUGGGAAAUAGUUCCACCCAGUUGGUAUUUGCAGCCAGCUCCUCCAAGCUGUGGCUGCCUGCCCCAGGGCUGAGAGAACUUGGAGGUAUCCAACUCCUGUCUGGCUGUGGAGGAGGAAACUGGCAGGCCUCACCAUGCAGGAUAUGACAUGUGUCCUGGCAGAGACCAAGCCUCUCUGAGAGGACAGUCCAAGCCCUCUGGGGGGCUUGCUGUGGAAAUAUCACCCCAGUAUGGGUGAGUGGGCUGGUGUCCAAGAUGCUGUUUCCUGCCAUGAACCUUUUCAGGCUUGGGUACCAAAGUGAUGUGGGUGCUGCCGUGCUUAUUUCCAACUUGGUCUGGAAGCAGUGGGGUCAAAGCCACAAAUAUACCAAGCCAUUGUUUUUUCACAACUCUGCUUUGGGGCAUCUCAGCUGGCAAACCUCUAGGGGGAAGAGUACACUAUGUUUCCACAGGGCCUGACAAACACAAUCAUCUGACUUGCAGCUUUUAAUUUUCCACGUCGCGUGUGAAGUGGCAUCCUUUCUCCAUCCCUUACCCCCAUCCCAUGACCAUUAUGGAGUCUGUUGGACGGAUUAAUUUAUAAUAGGUUUUUGUGUUUUUACAUUUGAUGUGGCUGCAUUGGAAUGCUUGUUUAAUUCCAGAAGUUUCAGUGCCAAGUACACUACUGUGAAACAGCCUGGUAAAGCAGUUAAGAGCGUCAGCUCUGGAGCCAGACUGCCUAGCAGGUUAUGUAGCCUCUCCACACCUCACAUUUCUCAUCUGUACCCCUAAAAAGCCCAGAAGAAUAAGGGUAGACACUAUUACUGUCACUCCUGUAGAUUAAUCUGUCCAACAGACGAUUCUGGUAAAAGCCACAACGUGUACAAAUUUGCAACAACAGUAAGAACCUCUCAACCAAAAAAUACAUGAGAGGUUACAUAGGUAGAUAUCUGUGCUUAUACACCUAUGGGCCAGCACAGAGGAAUAUACGGGUGCACAUGGAUAGGUGUUUCUGUAGGCAAAUGUAUGAAUAUGUUUGUGAGUGCUGCAUGCAUAUUCAUAUAUAAAAUAAAGCACAUAGGGGACAGAGUUAUGGAUACUUCCUAGACAUAACCAAACACCUUGCAGGAUUGGGCUACUGGGCUUGAGGGUUUAAUACCAUAGUCUCGGGGGGUAACCCAGUAAAUUACAUAACAUAGCUCACGAAGAUAAUGUUCUACAGCCUAGUUUGGUAAGAAGUGACUGGGAUCUUAAAAGCUUUCGAGGGGCCAUCUAAGAAACAAUAACACAUGUCUGGAGAAAAACAGAGAGAGAGAAAAAAAAAAAACCGAAGCCUCAAAGGAGAAGC